UUUUUGUCCGGGAAACUGGCUUUGAUAUUCAUUUUCCUACAAAAUGGAGUAAAUAUCAUUUUCAAUUUCAUCAACCGUUUCACCUGUGUUUCCUUAAAACCCUAAGUUUCCUCUCCGAAAUCCCCACCUAUCCUUUUAAACUAAGAAAACAUGUCCUCCCACCGCGCGUUCCAGCUUAAACUUAAUCCGUUAACAGGUAACUCUGAAUGGAUCGUCAUUGAAGACAAUGACGAGAGCUUCGCUCAGAAUUUCCACAAGCCUUUCCUUGCCACGACGUCGUAUUUGGACAUGCUUAAUGACUCCACCAGAAACGCGGCAUUUCGCCACGCCAUUGAGAAAACCAUCAGCAAACCUUGCCAUGUCCUCGAUAUCGGUGCUGGAACUGGGUUGCUUUCGAUGAUGGCUGCACGUGCCAUGGGUGACGAAGGGAAGGUCACAGCUUGUGAAUCUUACCUUCCCAUGGUGAAGCUGAUGAAGAAGGUGUUGCGCCUUAAUGGCAUGGAGGGAAGAGUCAAAAUCAUCAACAAGCGCUCUGAGGAACUCCAAGUUGGUCUUGAUAUGCCUUCGCGAGCACAUGUUCUUGUAAGCGAGAUACUUGAUUCAGAGCUACUGGGUGAGGGGCUUAUACCGACCCUACAACAUGCACAUGACAAUUUGUUGGUGGAAAAUGCCAUGACUGUGCCAUAUCGAGCAACUAUAUAUGGACAGCUGGUUGAAAGCACAUUCUUAUGGAAGUUGCAUGAUUUUCAUAACAACGAGGCUACUGUAUCUGAUAGCAUUCGGCUUACUCCUCCAGGACUUGAUUGUGUGCUAGGUAUCAAACGUCAGCAAUAUGCUAUGCAUGUCAAUCCUUUACAGGAAGAAAUAACAUUGCUUUCAGAACCCUUCAAAAUUUUUGAAUUUGAUUUUUGGAAACGGCCAGAGAGUUAUGGCGAAACUGAGUUGUGUGUAAAGGCAACGAAUGAUGGGAGAGUUCAUGUUGUGGUCUCUUGGUGGGUACUUCAACUUGAUCAGGAAGGGACUAUCUAUUAUUCCACUGCUCCAAGGUGGAUAAGCUCACCGACAAUUACAAGUCCUAUUGGUUGGUGUGACCACUGGAAACAGUGUGUUUGGUUCGUUCCAGGCAGUGGUAUUUCCAUACUCCAAGGGGAAGAAAUUCGUUUACUUGCUACUCAUACUGAAACUAGUUUCUCAUAUAAUUUUGAUACCCUAGUACCAACUACUGAGAUUUUGAACCAUAGGUGCAUGACAGGAGAUUUUCAGCUUGUACUACCACCAGAAAGAGCUGCAAUUUAUGCAGAUAAAGAAUGGAGGCUUUCAAUGUUGAAAGCAGUACAAAGCAUGGGAAAAGAUCGCCUGUUAUGCUUGGUUGUAGAUGAUAGUGUCUUUUUACCACUUCUUGUAGCAAAGCUUUCCGAAGCAAGUGUAAUGUCAUUACUUCCUGGAUUGAGGGAAAGGGGCCUCCAAUACCUGCAAGCAGUUGCCCAUGCAAAUGGUUUGUCACAUAGUUGCAUUGAAGUUCUUGAAAAAAACGUGCAACAGUUAAACAUGCAUGAUAUACAUCAGAAAAAGGUUGAUCUGUUAAUAGCUGAACCUUUCUAUGUAGGACACGAUGGUAUGCUGCCAUGGCAGAACCUACGAUUUUGGAGGGAUCGUACUACACUUAAUGAUAUACUCUCAGAAGAUGCUCUGACAAUUCCUAGUAAAGGAAUAUUGAGAGCAUGCGCUAUGUCUCUUCCUGAUCUUUGGAAAAGUCGUUGUUGCCUGAGUAGUAUUGAAGGUUUUGACCAUUCAGUGGUAAAUGCUACAUUGGGGGCCUGCGGUCAUCUACCAGAACUAGAAGACGGUCCCUGUCUCCCUUUUUUCGUCUGGCAGUGUGGAGAAUUUGAUGUGCUUAGUGAGACAUUUGACGUGAUGGAGUUUGAGUUUUCAAAACAAAUAUGCGAAUGUCAAGGAAAAUCCCAGGUUAAGUUCACCAAGAGGGGGGUAUGUCAUGGAUUUGUAUUAUGGAUUGACUGGGUCAUGGAUUUACAAAAUUCUAUUGUGAUUUCAACUGGUCCAGAUAGGAAGUACUGGAAGCAGGGAGUUAAGCUUCUUGGAACACCUAGAACAGUAGACCCUCAAAGCUUGACAAGUGUCCAACCUUGUUCUGCAGUUGUCGAAGCUUGUUUUAGCCCAUUAAAGGGGGAACUCAAAAUUAUACUUGAUUUUUUAUGAAACCUUUGUAAUAAAUGGCACAGAAAAUGUGUGUAGGGAACCGUGACAUUUACGUUUUAGACGCACAAGUAGCUUUUUGCAUAUUGUUUUAUCUUUAAGUUAGAAUGUUUCCAUGCUU